AUAGUGUCUAAAGUGCAGUAGACUACAAUCUAGAAGGAAGACACAACAAAAAAUUGUACCAUGCCACACUACAAACUCAUUUAUUUUAACAUGAGAGGGAGAGCAGAAAUUAUUCGCUACCUUUUUGCCUACUUAGACAUACAGUAUGAGGACCAUCGGAUAAGUCUAGUGGACUGGCCUACAGUCAAGCAAACUGUUCCGUUUGGCAAAAUUCCAAUUUUAGAAGUUGAUGGAGUUCCCCUUCACCAAAGUCUUGCCAUAGGAAGGUUUUUGGCCAGAGAAGCAGGUCUGGCGGGGAAGACAGAGCUGGAGCAAUGUCAAGUUGAUGCCAUCAUAGAUACGUUGGAUGACUUCAUGUCAAGGUUUCCUUGGACGGAGAAGCAGCAAGAUAUCAAAGAUCAGGUAUUUAACGAGUUGCUCACAAAUGAUGCUCCUGGUUUACUACAAGAUUUAGACCUUUAUUUAGGGAACAAAGACUGGUUUGUUGGAAACUCUGUAACCUGGGCUGAUUUCUACUGGGACAUUUGCAGUACCACACUUUUGGUCCUUAAACAUGACCUCUUGGACAAGCAUCCUAAACUGGUAGCCUUACGAAAAAAAGUUCAAAGCAUUCCAGUGAUUGCUGAGUGGAUAAAACAGAGGCCAGAAACUAGAAUGUAGACCAGUGACUGGUCUGGGGUUAUUCUUUUCCCCCCGACUUGAACCAUGUAAAAUCAU